AUGGAUAAUCGUAGCACAGAAAAUAAACGACAGCAAUAUGAAACAGGUUCUAAUUAUGGAAAAGAAAGCAUAAAUGUAGACAGUGGAUCCUCGGAUUCACUCUUAGAAAAUUUACUUAAUUUAAAUAAAAAUAAUAAUUUGAAUGUAUCUGAAAAUAUAGAUGAUAUGUUUUAUUCAUCUAUUCCAAUGAACGAUAAGCUCAAAAACAAAAAAAAAAAUAAACAGUUUGAAAAAGAUGAAUGGACAGAGUUAGAUUUACAUCAUAGAUAUAAGUAUGACCAAAGUAGCUAUAUGGAUGAAGAGGAAAAUGAAAGUGACGAAUAUAAUGAUAAAAAUGAAGAAGAGGAAAAUGAAAGUGACGAAUAUAAUGAUAAAAAUGAAGAAGAAAGUGAAUAUUCAAAUUUGGGAAGUGAUGAUGAUGUUUUGAAAUAUUAUAAUAUGGUUAAAAGUAACAAAAGAAAUGAUGAAAAUUUACAAAAUAAAAUUAACAAAUUAUUAAAUCCGAAGAAAAAAAUUGAAACAUAUGAAGAAAAACAAAAAAAUAUAUUAUUAAAUUCGGUAAACGAUGAUGAUAUUGAUACUUUAUUAUAUGACAAUGAGGAAGAUAAAAUAUGUCUUUCUUAUUUUAUGGAUGAUAUAAAUAAAUUUAAAAAAAAAACGUUAAUUGAGUGUGAAAAUGUAGAAAAUGCAAAAAAUGUAGAUAAUGGGGGAACAAGUAUUUCCCAAGAACAAAGUGAUAUAGCAAUGGAUAAAAAAAUAGAAAAAAAUGAAAAUGAAAAAGGAGAAAGAAAAGAUAAAAUAUUUAAUUCUAUUAAUAAUAGAAAUAUAAUAAUAGGCGAAGAAAGGUUAUUAGAUAUUAAUAAUAUAAACUUAAAUAAUAUUUUAUAUUUUUAUUUUUAUUCAAAUCAGUCUUAUAUAUUAAAUUUGGGGAAUGGAAAUAAAAAUAUAUAUACAUAUGAUUCAUAUAUAUUUGAAAAUUCUGAUGAGUUAACUAACUUAAAAUUAGACAAUAGUUCAAAUACGAGUAUAAGUGAUGAAGAAUUAUUAUUAUUAAAACAUAACAAUGAAGAAAGUGAUAAUGAUAUUUUUGAGGAUGAAAAUGUAUACACAGAGAAGCAAAAGAGUUCGAAAAAAAAAGAAAGAAAAAAAAAAGGAAGAAAUAAAAAAGGAAAAACAGAAAAAAUGAUAACAUCUACUGAACCAUCAAAAAUGAAUAAAGAAGUUGAAAAUUUAAUAAAUAAAGCUAAUAAUAGUUAUAUUAAUAAAAAUUAUGAGGAAUGUAUAAAAUUAUUAGAACAAGUUAUAAAAAUAUCUCCAGAUUUACAUGACCCUUAUCAUUUAUUAGGUUUAAUAUAUGAAAGAGAGUAUGAUAAUUUGAAAAAAGCGAUUAAUUAUUAUUUGAUAGCAGCACAUUUAACUCGUAAUGAUUUUUUAACUUGGUAUAAUAUUUCUAAUUUAUGUAAAAUUGAAAAAGAAUAUAAUAUAUUGUUAUAUUGCUUAUAUAAAGCAAUGAGAUUAUAUAAAAGAAAAAAGGGAAAAUUACAAAAAAAAAAUAAUAAUAACAAAAAAAAAAAUUUAAUAGAUGAAAAUAGUCAGAAUGAAUAUUCGUUGUAUGUGGAUGAAAUGGAAAAUGAUAAAUUUUCAAAUUGCAAUGAAGAUGAAUCUCAAAUAAAUUUCAAAGAAAAAAGUGAAAUAAAUUAUGACAAUUUUGAUAAAAAAGAAUUAUUUGAUAAUUUUAUGAAUCAUUUAUAUUUUAAUAUCGCAUUUACAUAUAUAUUAAUAGAAGACUAUAAAAAUUGUCUAAAAAAUUUAUUAAUAAUAAAAGAAAAUAAUAAUAUAGAUUCAUAUGAAAUAAUUGUGGAUAUAUAUAUAUGCAUAUGCUUAGUAAUUAUAAAUCGCCCAUAUGAAUGUUAUAGCUUUUUAAAAGACAUGUACAUAAAAGUAAUGAAAAAAAAAUCUCAUUAUAAUUUUGGAUAUCACGAAAAAAAUAUAAUUUGUUUAUUUAUGCAAUCACAGAUAUUAAAUAAUAAAUACAAUGAAUGCAUAUUUGUUUAUAAAAAAUUAACAAAAAAUUGUGAGCAUGUACAUAUUGACAUAUUUGCACAAUUCAUAAAAUCCAUAAUAAGUGUUGUAAAUUUUAAAUCUAAGUAUUUAAUUAAUACAUUUUUUUUUCAAGUAUUAAAAAAAAAUUAUAUUUUAUAUGAGGAUAUAAUUUUUAAUAUUGCCGAAUCAUAUUAUGCUAAAGGAAUGUAUACAUGUGCAAUAUUUUUUUAUCAAUUAAUUUAUAAACAAGAUAGACAAACAAAAUGUAAUGAUAUAAUUGGAAUAAAUGACAAUGAAAAUGACACUUUUCUUGAUUACACAAAUGCAGAAAAAAACACUUCAAUAAAUGAAAUAAUAUCUUUUGACAAUAAAAUAAAUGUUACAAACUUUGUAUAUAAAAUGGUAAAAAGUUAUUAUUAUAUAGGAAAUUAUAUAAAAGGAGAAGAAAUAAUAUUAAAAAUAUUAAAUGAUGAAAAUAUUGAAAAAGAUAAUAUAGAAAUAGAUAUAAAAACAUUAUAUAUUAAUAUUUUGUAUAAAUUAAAAAAAUAUAAUAAAUCAAUUAAUAUACUAUUGAGUAUAAAAGAAAAAAAAUUAAGAUCAACAUUUUCUAUACCUAAACCACUUAGUAAUAAAGAAAGAGAAAUAUUAUUAUUAAAAAUAUUUAGAAAAAAAAAUAAAUUAUUAUUAUACACAUCACAUAAUAAAUAUAUUUUACACAUAUUUUAUAUAUAUCCCCAAAAAAAACAAAAUUUUGAUAAAACUUUUAGUCACAAUAAUAGUGUUUAUUAUAUGUAUGAUAAUUAUGUAUCUCAUAAGAAUAUUAAUAAUAUUAUUAAAAUAAAUUCGAAUAUAUGUUUUUGUUAUUUUUGUAUAAAAUAUAAUUUACCAAUCUUAAAUUAUUUUUAUUUGUUUAACAUUUUAGAUAUAAUAGAUUGUAAAAAUAAAGAGAUAAAACAAAUGGGGAUAACCCAUAUUACAGAAUUAUACAAAUAUCGUGAAUAUUUGCUUUAUUUAAGUUAUUCCUUUAAUAUAUUUAAAAACAAAAACAAAAAAGAAAACUAUAGUACUAUUGUUUAUAAAAAUUUGAAAAUAGAGGAAAACAAAUUAUAUUAUAAAGACGUUAUGAUAGUUGAUAUUAGCGAGUUUAUUCGAAAAAAUGAUUCAUAUAAAAAUGAAGUAUUUAAUUAUAAUAAAAAAAACGAAUUAUCAAACACAUUUUGUAACAUCAAUAAUGCACUCAAAGAGUUUUAUUCUAGAAUUUACAAAUAUAAGUAUAAUGUUGAAUCAGAAAUAUUAAAUAAUAGAGUUGUUAUGAAGUUUUACAAAUUUAGUUAUACUCUUUUUUAUUUUUUAUACGAAUUGGAACAUGAUUUUAGCAGAAUAUAUGCAUGUAUGGAAAAAGAAACUUUUUAUUUUAGAAAAUUAAAAAAAGACAAUCAUAAAAAUGGCAAAACAAAUCGUGAUAAUAUAAUUUUUUCAUCAUAUUCUGGUAUUGAUUAUGAUGGCGUUCUUAUGAAAUUAAAAAAAAAAUAUAUAAUUGAUAAGGAUUAUGAAAACAAACAAAAUUCAAUUAAUAAAAUCGAUGAAAUAAAAGAAAAAAAAAAAAAAAAAAGUGUUUCAUUUUUGCACACAAAAAAAAAAAUGAAUUUUUUUUCUUUCGAAAGCUACUUAGGACUUUAUUUUAGUAUUUUAUUUUUAGAAGAAUGUUUUUUUUUAGUAAGUAUAAUGAAUUUAUAUGAUGAUUCUAUUCAUAUGUUAAAUUUAUAUUUAAAGAAUAGGAAAACAAAUAAAAUAAAAUUACUAACAUAUAUAAAUUUUAUAAAAAGCGAAUUUAAAAAAAGACAUGAUACAAAUAUAUUUUCUAAUAUCCAUUAUUAUUUUUUUGACAAUAUAUAUACUAAUAGUAUAAAGGAAAAUAUUAAUAAAUAUUAUAGUAAAAUCAUAAAAAAUAGUAAUAAUGUAAAAAAUCGAGAUUGCAAAUAUUAUAUUUUUCGAAUUAAUUUAUUACUUAAUAGAUUGUAUAUAUCCAGUGGGAAUUAUGAAAAGCAAGUUAGAUACUUAAACGAUUUGUAUAUAUUUAAUAAAAAAAAAAAAAAUGAAUAUAGAAUUUUAAAAUAUUAUACUGAUAUAGUUUUAACAGGAAAAUUUUCUCAAAAUUUUUUAGUAUCAGUAUCAAGAUCAAGAUAUAAAAAUAUUUUAAUUAUAUUUAGACUUUUCCUAGUUAGAAGUAUACAUUUUGAUAAAACAAAUCCAUUUCUUAUUUAUUUAAUUGCAAAUGUUUGUAAUAUAUCAUCUAUGGUUAUUCAUGCAAUUCAUGAGUUUACAAGGGCUUAUACUUUCUUGUUAAAAUCAAGACGUGAAAAUAUUCGUAUAUUGAAUAAGGAUAAUAUAGAUAAUGUUAAAAUUAAAAACAAAAUGGAAAAAAUAAACAUAAAUAAUUUGAAUGAGGGGAUAAGAGAAUGGCGUGAUAGUGCACCUACUCAAAGUGUAGAUUCAGAAAUCGAAAUGAAUGAAAUAAAUGAAACAAAAGUUGAAAAAUGUGUCUAUAUGAAAAAUAAAUUAGAAAACAAGUUUGAAAAAAUAUCUGAUAAUGUAAAUUUUUUGUUUAGUUUGAUGGCAUCGUACUUCAAUUACUCAGGGGCAUAUAAAGUAGAGAAUAGAGAAUCUGUUAUUAUGACUUCUUUUUGUAUAUUAAAUGAAUAUAUAUUAAAAAGAUAUGAACAAAAAAUAAAAAAAAAAAAAAAAAAAUAUAUAAAAUAUUCUCAAUUUUAUAAAAUUUAUAAAUAUAUAUAUUUAGCUGAAAUAUUAUAUAAUUUAGGAAGAGCCUUACACUAUUUAUCUUAUUUUAAUGAAUGUAUAAAAUUAUAUUUAAAUGUUAUAACACUUAUAAAAAAAGCAGAUAAAGAAAUAAAAAAAUUAUUAAAAUUGAACGAAAAAUUUAUAUAUGACUAUGUUAUUAAUAUGAAAAAGUGUAUGUGUUACACUUGUCUUAAUUAUCCAUUUAUUUAUGAAAAAACAGAUUUAAUAAAAAUAGUAAAUUAUUACAGAAAUUUAAAUACAAAAUAUUCGAAUUUUUAUCUCCUUUUUUUUGAUAAAAAACAUCUUCUUUUUUCCGCAUCAUAUAACCUUAGUGCCAUUUUUAGAAAACUUGGUAGAUUUGAACAAGCAAAAUAUUUUCUUCGUUACAUUGUAUGGGAUUAG